CCAUGCAGUUAUAUUUCGCGUAACGCGUAUCGCGUAACCAAUCAGAGACGUUCCGCGUUUUCUUUACGCCUGUGUCAAAAAGUCACGUACAAUUCGAACGUAUUACGCGCGUUUGCACCAGUAUAUAUGUGUGAGUGCAGAGCAUGCAGAGUUCGACAUAAUCAAUAUGGAGCACAUUCGAUGUGGUUAUUGUAAUUGGUUGAUGUCAAGUCAAUGUGAAAAUAUUUUAGACCACACAUGUUUUAAAGGAUAUAAUGAUGAAACAGAUGCUGUACACAUUGACGAAAAUAAUACAGCUAUUAUUGGACGAAAAGAGUACAAUCUAUCACAAGAGUUACAAAAAGCUUUAUUAGAUGUUUUAAAAAUACCUAUUCCAGACAUUGAUGCUAUAGAUGGUUUUUUGAAAACUUUAGGAGAGGCUUUACGUCGAUUGCCAUACCAACAAAGAGUUAUGUUACAAAUUAAAUUUCUUCAAAUGACUACAGCAGCAGAGUUUCAAAACUAUGAUGACAAUAAUUAAAACUAUGAUGACAAUAAGUUAUAUUACUCAAAGAUAUUUUUUUAAACCAAAAAAUGAUUAGAAAGUUAUUUUUUAUUAAAAAAAAAUUAUUUUGUUUAACCAA